GGCCAGGAGGCCACCGAAACCAACUUAAGCAUGGCGUUGAACUUUGAGGCCUAUCUUUGCACCAAAAUUAAUCCACUAUAUUGCUACAAAGGUCACACUUACUGCGAUUGCAGUGAUGAUGCCUACAACCAUGAGGUUUUCAGCGGAAAUGCACUACUGGACAAAGUAAUCGCAAGUCGAAGGGAGCGGUUUAUUAAGCGACCGACGAACACCUUUGGACAAUUUGAAACACCCUGUUCGAACGUCAUGGCCGAGUUUGUAAGAAUGGCAGAUGACACAAAGACAGAAGACUUGGAGAAGUUGUUUUUUCGCAUCUGGAAGCUACGAAAGCCAGGCCUAGUAUUGUCUCUUCAUGGCUCAGUCCCAACGGCGAAGGCAUCUCAAAAGCGCUGUUAUGGCUUGAUUUUUGGAGUUCUUCAAAAAACUCGUAAAUUUCAAUCUAUUCCUAGCUUUUCCUGUCGUAUGAUUAACGAGACUCAUCAGCGCAUUCAUGAAAGUCUUAAAAUCGGAGCAUAG